UUUCCAUACUUCUUUAUAGAGGUAGUCGUCAAAUAAAGAUCGACAAAACAAAUCACACGUUUUCCUUUAAGAGGACUUCUGUACAAUUGUAAUACUGCUUUAAACACCUGAUUAAACAACACUGAAAUGAAAAAAAAAAAAUCUGAAAAAGUUUCCACAGGAAUAUUUCUGAUAGCGCAGUAGGGGAGGGUGAGAUCAUUAUCGCAGUUUCCCGCCAAAUUCGGUAAGUCACAUGAUCUGAAAGCUUCUGAUUGGCUGGAUCAAACAUUUGUUUGUCGCACCGUUUAUUACGCAAAUUCACUCCUUCAUUCACUGCAUUUCACGCUCGGCGUCUUGGAUUUUAGUUGCAGUUUCGCUCAUUUUCAGUCCAAAUUUAUCGAAAUAGUUCUUGAAACGUACUACGAUCAUUUUAUAACGGCUUGCUUUGAUGGCGUUCAUAAAAUCUCGAUUGGGACGCCUUCCAUUUGUGCUCGAAGAAACCGACUGUGGAAUGGACAGGUCGUCAACAGAGACGGCCAGCAACGCGAGUUCUUCACGGCUUGUGGAAUCAAUGUCGCCUGAAUUCAUGGACGAAGGCUGGGAUCUCGGGUUUUCGAGUCCUUUCAGAGAUUCCUUGUCGGAUGAAUCACCAGUCAAAAGUGAAAUGAACGACCCCACCACUCCGCCGCUGUCGCCACCUUCGCUUGGAGCGCUUCGCUUGUUUGACUCGCCGCAAACGCCUAAAAGUUUACUCGAACGCUCGUCUGCAGUCAAUCGCACGGUAGAUUUCAAAAAACCCGUGUCAAGAUUACGUCGUGGUUUACUGAAGGGUCGUGGAUUUGAAAGCGAACCUCGAAUGGGGCCGCGAUCGCGCAAAAUGGCUGCAAACGUCAAUCCGUUUACUCCGGACGCUUCUGCCAUCGGUGCAAAGCGAGCAAGAAAUGGAGAUGGAGGGGAUGGUUCAGUUUGUAAUGAUAAUGAUGAUGAAGACAUGGAUGAUGAAAUAUUUGGAAAUCCAGCCAAGAAACUCGCGCUCCAUGAGAGUAACAUUUCACGUUAUAAUGCUGAGUUUGCUGAAAUAAGCACUAUAGGAUCAGGCCAGUUUGGCUCAGUUCAUAAAUGCGUCAACAGAUUAGAUGGAUGUAUCUAUGCAUUAAAGCGGUCACUGAAACCAGUUGCAGGCUCUGUAAAUGAGCAAAAUGCUAUGCGUGAGGUAUAUGCCCAUGCUGUCUUAGGAAAAAACCCUCACGUCGUUCGAUAUUACUCUGCAUGGGCAGAAGAUGGACACAUGUUGAUACAGAAUGAAUACUGUGAAGGGGGUAGUCUGGCUGACUUGAUUGAAAAAAAUAACAACUCAAAUGAAGUUAUGACAGAAGGAGAAUUAAAACCACUUCUUAUUCAAGUAGCUGAGGGUUUAAAGUAUAUCCAUUCUUUAGGUUUGGUUCAUAUGGACAUCAAACCUGGGAAUAUCUUCAUUAGCUUUAACACAGAUGUAGAUGAAUGCCACAACAGUGGUGAUGAAGGAUUUGAUGAAAAUGAAACUCCUGGUCCACGAAAAAGAAUGCCACUUUACAAAAUAGGUGACUUGGGUCAUGUGACUUCAAUAAGUAAUCCACAAGUGGAGGAAGGCGACUGUAGAUUUUUACCCAAUGAAAUACUACAAGAGGACUACUCUGCAUUACCCAAGGCUGACAUUUUUGCUUUAGCAUUAACUGUUUAUUUGGCUGGUGGAGGACCAGAACUUCCAAAGAAUGGCGAAAAAUGGCAUGAAAUCAGGAGGGGGCAUCUACCAAACCUUGAACAUAUCUCAAAUGAAAUGAACUCACUUUUAAAGCUUAUGAUUGACCCUGUAGCAAGUAACAGACCAUCUGCAACAGCCCUGAAACAAAACCAAGUUCUUUGUCCACUUGCUGCAAAAUCCAAGGCCCAGCUAAAGAAGGAGUUGAAUGCAGAAAAAUUUAAAAAUGAGGUCCUUUCAAGGGAGCUGGAAGAGGCAAGAGUACAUCAAAACAACCUUCCAAGACCCAAAAUAGGACUUGGGACUCAAGCCCGCAGUUCUAGAGUAAUAGGACAGAAAGUUAACAGGAGUAUGAGUUUGAGCGUGAUAAUGUGAAUGUUUGGAGUUAAAUGUUCACUGUUGUAAAUAGUUCCUUGUUUCACAAUCAAACUAUGUUACUGUUUUAAACAGGAUUUUCAAAACUUACCAUGAAAUUUUACAUUAAUUUUGCAUAAACAUUUGGAUAUUUUUUUACAUUUUAUAAAGGGUCUUAUAUCAAAUAAAAUAAUUUUUUAAGUAACAAAAUGAUUAAUUUUGUAUAUAAAUGAACAUUUUAGGUGAUAUUCAAUAAACAUUUUUUUAACAGCAAUGAUGUAUAAAAUUGUUUAUUUUGUCAUGGGCAUAUAAGUUUAGUUUUACUUCAAAAAAUGCUAAAGCCUUGACAUUAUAUGAAGUGUCCUCAUCCUAGAGUGACCAAAAAAUUGCUUAAAUGUCCUUCCUGUUAAGGGACUAUGUCAUGUUACAUGUACAUUGAGACAGAGUAUUUUUGUGAUCACAAAAUCACCUUCAAACCAAGGGAAACCUAAAAAAUAAAACUUCACUGAAGUGAAAACUAAAACAAUAGAGAGGAAAAUAACAGUAAAACAAAAAGGGAGAAGGAUUUUUAUGAUGGAGACAGAUCUCAAAUGAUGAACCUGAAAAAUCUAGACUAUAAUAAUUAUUUUGAGAUACCCCAUUGAUGACAAACACUUGGAGCUUCCUCCUGCAAAUUCUAACUUCUACUGCAGUUAGAAUGACCAGGGGUGCAGAAUGGUUCAAUAAAAUUCAGGUUGUGCUGAAUAAUUCUUUUUUUAAUGCUGAAUAGGUUUUAUCUGAAGCAUAUCACCUAGUCUAGGUGAUAUGCUUCUGGUUUUAUAAAUUGGCCACAGUUCUGUGCAAAACAGAUAGUACCCUGGGUGCCAGAUGCAGUGCACAAGCAGUUCAGGUUUUGGUAGUGGUACAGGGAAAACAUUAAAAUAGACAAGUAAAAAAAUAAAAGUCUGAAUCAAUUGAUAAAGAAGAAAACAUAAGCACAGCAGCGAAAGAAAUGGGCCAUGUUGGACAUAUCAAUAUUCUAACAUGGAUCCGAGGCUUUCAGGUCAAAAUUACAAAUUUUUUAAGCUUCUUUUGUCUCACAAUUCUUAAAAGAGACUUAGAAACAAAGAAAACACCACCAAAUAUAAAAGUUUGUCCUGAAAGCCUUGUAUCCAUGUCAGAAUAUUGACAGAUCAAACAAGGCCUAUUGUACAUUUACUUCCAAAGGAUUGACUACCAUGGAUGCCACAUUGGUUAAUAUGUAUUUGUGGCCUACUGCCAGACAUUGUCAGGGUUCUCACACAGAACCUCUGCCUGCUAACUACAGGGAAGGUGUGUGAGAACAUUUUGGAAAAGAGCUGUCUAGGAGA